AUGAACAGCUGCACCUGCAAGAAACUUUCCGAAAUAGCAUUUCCUUGUGGUUCUGACUCUUACAGGCGAGUGCACCUGAAAGUCAGGGAAAGCGACUCACCAUUUCUUAAGAAAAGUUCUCGAAGCUCACAGCCACUACCACAAGAAACUGAGCACACGAAACAAAGCGUCGUGAAAUCGAAACUCGAACCGAAAACACUUUUCACACCAUCCGAUGAUUGUCAUGAGUCAGAGCUGGCUAGCACUUUCAACUGGAAGGAUUCUAAGAAAGAACAGUUGACUUGGCAGCAACCAAGUCUCUGCAACAAGAAACUAGCUAUUGAAACCUAUCUUCGAGAGCUUGAAUUGCAAGUUGUGGAGCCGCCUCGUGUUGGAAGUUACAAUUCAAUUUGUGGAAACUGCCACAUUCGUGGUCACCGAAGUGAUGGUAACAAAAAGAAUGAUAAGUGUAACGCGCCUCCUUGUACAUCGUACUUCAUGUAUGGACAAAAAAAGAAACAUAGUGAGCAUUUUGAAGAAAUAAAGAAGAGGAAACGCGAACUAAAGGAAGUCACUCGUCAAAUUGAAAAAGUAAACAUGGAGAAAAAAAACCUAGAGGCGUUCCAGUCCAAGAGUAUUUCGGCUUUUGCUACUGCCGUAACGCAGCGUUUGCUCAAAGCAUUUCCAGAAAAAUAUUCCCCCAGAACGCCGGGAGGAAAAUUAGCACUUCAAAAAGAUAUUGCAACGCUUCGGAUAGCCUGCAACAACAAGAUUCCCUCCGUCGCAGACGACGAAAGGAAUAUGUUUUUGGAAUUACUUGAAAAACACAGACAGCUGAGUGCUCUGGAAAUGAAUCCCGUUUCAGUUCAGAUUCAUUCGUCCAAUUGUAAUGAGUCAUCGGCAAGCACAAGUAUGUCGAAACUCCAUUCACAA